AUGCAGGCCCGCACGGCCACGGAGCAGCAGGACGCGACCGCGCAGCAGUCCGCGCAGGCCGGCAUCCCCGGCGUGGCGGCCCCCACGCCCACCCCGGAGCCCGGCGCCAAGCCCGCGAGGCCGGGGGGCGCGCUGCCGGCCUUCUACGCCGCGGCGGACCCGCAGGCCCAGAACGAGAUGUGGCAGCGCAUGACCAACGACCCGAUGUUCAUGAUCAAGCAGCAGGAGCAGGCAGCGCGCGCGGCACUGCGCAGCAACCCGGUGGUCAUGGACCGGCUGAAGCAGGAGGUCGCGCAACUGAGGGGGCCCGGGGACGCGCGGAAGGAGAAGAAGGCGAAGAAGGAGAAGAAGGAGAAGAAGGAGAAGAAGGAGAAGAAGGAGCGGCGGGACCGCGACGAGGACCGCUCGCGCAGCCACCGCCGCGACCGGGAGCGGUCCCGCGAGCGCGACAGCCGGCACGACCGGCACGGGGAGCGGCGCAGGGAGCGCAGCGGCGAGCGGGGGAGGGACCGCGAGCACGACCGGCGGCGCGACCGCCACGAGCCCCGGGACGGCGAGCGCGCGCGGGAGCCGCGCCACGGGCACCGGGAAGAGCGCCGGCGGUCGCGCUCGCCGCGGUCGCGGAGCCCCGUGCGGCCGCAGGGCCACCAGGACGCGGCGGCGGCGCACCAGGCCGCGCACCUGAAGUACGGGCUGAACAUGAGUCAGGCGGCGCCCACUGGGGUGAGGACGGGCGAGGGGGCGGAGGCGACGCGGGAACGCCUGCGCCGGGCCGCGGAGGAGAAGGAGCGGGAGGGUGAGCCACGCGCCACGUCCGCCCCCGCAUCCGCGCCGCGUGGACGUGCCCGACCUGUGCUCAAACACCUCCCCCCCCUCCCUGUUGCAGCGCGGGAAGCCAAGGCCGCGGCGUACCGGCCGCGGCAGCGGCAUGCGGUGGGGCGUAUCGACGACGAGGAGCGGGCGCGGAGGCUCGCGGAGAUGGCGGGGAACGCGGACGACCAGUCGCGGCAGCGCGCGGCGCGGUUGGAGCGGGUGCGCGGGCAGGAGGAGGCGGAGGAGGAGGAGCUGCGGCGGCGGGGCGAGGAGGGCGACAGGGCGGGGGCGCUGGCGCGGAUGGAGGCGGAGGUGUACGCCGGGGGGGGGGGGACUGUGGAGGAGCGGGUGCGCAGUCGGGGGCACUUCCGGCAAAGGGGCGACGACGGGUUCCGGCGACGAUGA